AUGGGUUUUGAUAAUAUCAACUACUCGCACCCUAGAACUUGCGGUCAGGGAAGUCGCUGUUGUCGCGUUUGCUCCAACAGACACGGUGUCAUCCGGAAAUAUGGUCUGAAUAUGUGCCGUCAAUGCCUCCGGCAAUAUUGUGCACUCAUUGGCUUCAAAAAGCUUGACUAA